GAGCGGCCGCAGCCCCUGCGGGACGGGGGUAAGAACGACGGACCGAGGGAGCCGGACUCCUGGGUUCCCGAAAAGGGUUGCUGAUGGCCUGCGUCGCCAUGGGUUCCACCAGUGCCCCGGAGCGCGCGCUGGGCUACGUGCGCGAGUUCACCCGCCACUCCUCCGACGUGCUGGGCAACCUGAACGAGCUGCGCCUGCGCGGGAUCCUCACCGACGUCACUCUGCUGGUCGGCGGGCAGCCCCUGCGAGCUCACAAGGCGGUUCUUAUCGCCUGCAGUGGCUUCUUCUAUUCGAUUUUCCGAGGCCGCGCAGGUGUGGGGGUGGACGUGCUCUCCCUGCCCGGGGGCCCCGAAGCCGGAGGCUUCGCUCCUCUCUUGGAUUUCAUGUACACGUCACGCCUACGCCUCUCUCCUGCCACUGCACCGGCCGUCCUCGCGGCCGCCACCUACUUACAGAUGGAACACGUGGUCCAGGCCUGCCACCGUUUCAUCCAGGCCAGCUAUGAACCUUUGGGCAUCUCCUUGCGGCCUUUGGAGGCGGAACCCCCGAGGCCCCCAACGGCCCCUCCACCAGGCAGCCCCAGGCGCUCUGAAGGGCAUCCAGACCCACCUACCGAGUCUCGCAGCUGCAGUCAAAGGCCCCCCAGCCCAGGCAGCCCAGACCCCAAGGCCUGCAACUGGAAAAAGUACAAGUUCAUCGUGCUAAACUCUCAGGCCGCCCAAGCAGGGAGCCUGGCGGGGGAGAGGAGUGCUGGUCAACUGUGCCCCCAAGCCAGGCUCCCCAGCGGCGAUGAGGCUUCCAGCGGCAGCGGCAGUGAAGAAGGACCCAUUCCCGGUCCCCAGAGCAGGCUCUCUCCAUCUGCUGUCACGGGACACUUCAAAUGUGGGGCUCCAGUCAAUAGCCCCCACCUCCUCACAGCCCUGGCUCAAGAGACCCCUGCAUCGCAGUCUGGGCAGGCUUGUCCGCCACCAGGAAGUGAACCGUUCAGCUGCCAGAACUGUGAGGCAGUGGCUGGGUGCUCGUCGGGGCUGGACCCCUUGGCUCCCGGGGAUGAGGACAAGCCCUACAAAUGUCAGCUCUGCCGGUCUGCCUUCCGCUACAAAGGCAACCUGGCCAGUCAUCGCACGGUGCACACAGGGGAGAAGCCCUACCACUGUUCCAUCUGCGGAGCCCGCUUUAACCGGCCGGCCAACCUGAAGACGCACAGCCGCAUCCAUUCGGGAGAGAAGCCCUACAAGUGUGAGACCUGCGGCUCGCGCUUCGUGCAGGUAGCGCAUCUGCGCGCGCACGUGCUGAUCCACACCGGGGAGAAGCCCUAUCCUUGCCCAACCUGCGGCACUCGCUUCCGCCACCUACAAACCCUUAAGAGCCACGUUCGCAUCCACACGGGGGAAAAGCCCUACCACUGCGACCCCUGCGGCCUGCAUUUCCGGCACAAGAGUCAGCUGCGCCUGCAUCUGCGCCAGAAGCAUGGAGCGGCGACCAACACCAAAGUGCACUACCACAUUCUGGGGGGGCCCUAGCUGCGCGCGCCGGCCGGAUCCCACGAGCUUCCCGGACACCCGGAGAGCUGCGGGCUUGGGCGUGGGGGGCGUGCGAGGCCCCUCGGGUG